AUGUCUGGACCUCAACAGAACCCUGCCGUUUGGGAAGUCAUUGAUGAUAAAGCCAUCAAUUCGACGGAACCAUACGAUGAAUUGGCGGACUUCACUUUGAUUUGUCAGAUUAUUUUCAAUUUUGCAUUUGUGUCUGGUGGAGUAAUGUCAUUCACUCUGUUAUAUUUGGUAUUAUUUCAUACAACUGGGAGUUUCAAACCGUACAGUCGAAUGCUGAUUAUGUGCUGUAUAUCGGACAUAAUGUAUUGGUUUCUUGAUCACAUGUUGCACCAGGUAAGGAAGUUAAAGUAAAACUCGUCGUUCAUCGUUUUUGUUUUCUAUACUGCAAAGGAUUUUUGUUAUUACUAAAGCUAUGUAAAAAUGUAAAUAAAAACAGAGGUUCUUUUUAGAAUAGCAGACAGAUCGACGGAGUGUUUCUUAUCACAUUGAAGGGAUUUGGCGGCUACUUGAGCUACGAGAAUCAAAUGAUUCUCACUGGGUUUUAUAUUGUUACUCUGGUCCUAACCCAUACAACUUUGGGAGCCCAAGGGUUUUAUCGAUACUAUGCACUUGUCCAGUAGGUUUUAUAAAUCACACUAGACCGACCGAGAUAUUUAGAAAUUGUCUUUAAGUUAUGUAUACAAUAGUUGUUUUUUAGCAACAAGCCGAUGAGCAUACUCAAGACCUCAGCCCUCUUUCUUUUCACAUUUUUAUCCGCCGUGCCCUCGGGUAUUAUUGGCUAUCUCAGCUUCAAAUAUUCAACGAGUGUACGGCCAGGAUUCAACUAUGGCACGCUGUGGUACAAGGAGUAUCCGCUGCCGGUCUUGCUUGUAGUCGAUGUAGUAAGUGGCCCACAAACAACACAAAAGUUUUUAGGAUCACAUCUACCAAAAACUGUACUAUGUUAUAUCGGCUUCGACGGUAACUUUGUCUUACCUGGUUUCCAUUCUAUUUGCUUACAAAUCUAUGGCACAUUUGCACAAAUACGAUCAUUUGUAUUCGAGGAAGACAAAAUUUUUGCAUCAGAAGCUGUCUAAAUGCCUUUUGUUUCAGGUUAGUGACUUUUCAAAACGAUAAAAAGGCUUCCAAAGAUAUUGCAAAAAAUGCAUUCCUUAUGAUUAUCACUGAUACGUACACCAAUUUUUUAUUGACUUUUUUUACACUCAAAGUACAAAACAAGUAUUGUCAAAGUGCAUCUGUGUAAGCAAACACGUGGAUGCACCAAACUUUACUGUUUUAUUGGGCAGCAGCUACCGUUUGUAGUUUACAUUUUGACAACAUUGAAUAUCACGGAGACAGAUCAUGCAAUUAUUUUCAGAAUGUGGCCCCACUGUUUGUCUCAAUUAUCCCGAUCAUGGUAAUGGUCGUCCCCCUCUUCUUCCGCAUUACCAUCAACCAAGAGAUUACUAUCUUUAUGAUAGCCAUCAGCCUAAUACCGGCGUUCAAUUCGCUGGUGACUAUAGCCAUCAUCAGCCCGUAUCGACAGUACAUCUUGAACUUGUUCAGAUGCCCAAGCCGAGUUCUCCGCAAGCCGAUGGGAACAUCGGUUACGCUAAACGAAAGUGGAAAAAUGUAA